UGUCGCAGACAGCAAAAGCAACAAACACAACAACAAUAUUAACAAACCCACAAAACCAAAGCCAAAAGUGAGCGAAGAAAAGAAAAGAAAAGAAAACAGCGUAAAACAACACCACUUCACUAUUUUUCGUGGUGGAAAAUCGAUAAGCGGCGAAGCUGUACACCCCCGUGUGCGAUAGUGAGUUUUUCCUUCGCCGUGUGAAUUGCUGCUGCUGCUGGUGGUGGUGUAUUUCGCGAACUCUGGAGCGGGAGGAGGUGGCACUCGAUUACAUGACUCACUGCUUCGGAUAAGCGUACGGCCGUGUAGUGACACCGAUAAUUCAAUAGCCAUACCAUCGUCGGGGGCCAUUGGAAUGUAAACUGCACCAUGGAGCGAGUGGAACCGAUUAAUGGCCCGCUGGAAAAGCGUACCCUGCCCUACGGUGAUGCGGAGGAUAGUGACGAGCAGCCUGAAUCUCAAUCGAUGCUAGACAAAUCAGUCGGCCCCAUUGUGUCCAAAAGUGGUGAUAAGAAAAUCGGAAUGUCUCGCGAGCUGGCCGACGGCGAUGGUGGAAGUGGUGUGCAACGGUGCAGCGACGAUGAUGAGCGUGAUGAAACAACCGAAUCAACACGUCUCAUCGAUGAGGAAGAAGUGCAGAAGGGUGAAAAACAGGACGAGGGUGAACCCUCGUCCAACGGUGGCACAACAUCGCCCGGAUUGAACGGGAAAAACAUUGCACUGGUACAGCCGAACAAUCAUCGACGGUCCGAUGAACCGACCGAACUAAGCUUUGAGAAAUUUCCGGAAAAUCACGAAGAAAAGCUGAAGCGCAUCAAAAUCGAAAACGCACUGGAUGAUCCGAAGACAACGCUCGAAACCUGGAAGCAGUUUGCCAAAUCCGAGUACGGUCUGAUUAAUGAUGACUUGCGACGAAAAAUCUGGCCACUGCUGGUCGGUGUUGAUCCACAACAGGUCGAUCCAGCCCCCUCGCUGGAGGAAUUGAACAGCCAUCCCGAGUACAAUCAGGUGGUGCUGGAUGUUAACCGUUCGCUGAAGCGUUUCCCGCCUGGCAUUCCGUACGAGCAGCGCGUGGCAUUGCAGGAUCAGCUAACCGUGCUGAUUCUUCGUGUCAUCAUCAAGUACCCGCAUCUGAAGUAUUACCAGGGAUACCACGAUGUAGCAAUCACAUUUCUGCUCGUCGUGGGUGAAGAGGUUGCAUUUCAUGUGAUGGAAAUACUGUCCACCAAUCAUCUGGUCGAAUGUAUGCAGGAAACGAUGGAACCCACGCAGCGGCGGUUGAUGUUCAUCUAUCCCCUGGUACGCCGGGAGAAUGCAGCACUCUGCAGCUACCUGGAGAGAUCGACGGUAGGAACACUGUUUGCUCUACCCUGGUACCUGACCUGGUUCGGGCACAGUCUCAACUCGUACCGUUCGGUGGUACGCUUGUACGACUACUUUCUGGCGUCCGAUUUCCUGCUGCCGAUCUACGUGACCUCCGCGAUCGUGAUCUAUCGCCAGAACGAAAUAUUUCAGGAGGAUUGUGAUAUGGCAUCGCUGCAUUGUUUACUGUCACAGCUACCUGAAGAUCUCCCAUUUGAAUAUUUGCUAAAGAGUGCCGAGAAUUUGUACCGAAAAUAUCCCCCACGGGUCAUCGAAAAGGAUGUCGAAACCAUGAUCGCCAAGGAAAAACAGCAACGGCUUAACGAGGAGCGCGAGCGUGAAUAUCGCAAACGGUACGGCAAGAAACCGCCCCCGGUGCCGAACUCGAUCAUCAGCCGGUUUCUGCCCCAUCUGCAGCUGUCCCGCCGGUCGGUCUUCGUUACGACCGCGUUCUCGAUACUGGUCGGCUUCUGUGCGUACUACUACCGGGCGCACUACAUACCGCUGGCGGCAGUCAGAUGAGUGGAGCUGUUCCGAACGCGACUACCGUCGUCGUUCGUCGUUUGUGCCUCGUCGAAUCCACUGGCCGCGCUUGGGCGACCCUGGUGGUGGUGGCAUACGGGUGGCAGCGCACAGGUGCAGUAAAACCGAAACCGAAACCGUUUUGCUUUCAAUCGGCGAAUUGUGAUGUAUUAUUUAUGUCAUGCUUCAUCAUGCUCUGUUUUUUAACGUGUUUCUUGAUCGUACGCCCUGUUUAUACGUUCCAGUCACUCUCUGUACUUUUUUGUUGUUGGUAUGCUUUUAUUUUAUUCAUUUUUCCUGUAAAUACGUUAGAACAUUGGUUGCGUGCUUUUGUUAUCGUGAUGUCGAUGUGGCAAUAUAUCGUGUCGGUGAGCUUGACUGGCUGAUAUCUGGGCGGGCGCAGGAUGAACAGAGCAGGGGAGGGAGGGUUUUUUUCGUCAUCGAAUAGUUUAAAUAUUUCAUUUUUGUUGUGUCGAUAUUUUUUUGUACCAUCGAGAUUUAUG